AUGCGCACCAAGACCGGCUGCCAGCCGUGUCGAGAGCGCCAUGUGAAAUGUGUCAAAGUCGCCGGCUCCGAGAGCUGCCAACGAUGUGCUCAGACUAAACGCCUCUGUGAUUCUGACCCGCCCUUGGAAUUUCGGCCCCUAAAGUCCUUUCAUUUCAAAACACCUGGUGGACGAAAGGUUCGGCAGGAUCUGAAGAACGCUCCGAAGCAAGUAUGGGUUGAUGUUCCUGCCGACAUCCGCUUCCUCGCCGACGACUUCAGCUGUGACAUAGAUUCCAAUCAGCGCAAACAGACUGAUCAAGGUCAGCAAUCCGAUGAAGAACCGGACCAUGGCGAUUCUGCUGAUGACGGGCUGGAUGAGAUUCUGGGUCAGGGUCAGGAAGCAGGACUGGAGGAACUAGAUGAACAUGAUAAUGAGCACGACCAAGAACCACAACAUGUUGCGAUGAGUGACGAUCGGGACGCCAUCACGCGAAGAAUCACUAAUUCGACUAUCACAAGUGCGAGUCUCGCUCAUCAGUCGAACAGCCAGACGACAUCUCAUCCCCUGCAAGACCAGACCAACCUGACCUACGAUUCAUGGUCAUCGGUACAGGAAUCUCCUUUUGCAGCUCCGAAUGCUUCAAAAGCACUACCGAAUCAUACUGCUCUGUCUCAAUAUUCAGGCUCGACGCCUUUGCCUGUCCAGUACUCGCCUGUUGACUCUGCAGGAAGAGCAUUCAAUCUUCAGGGGUCUCCCGCUUCCUUCAGAGCACACUCAAGCAUAUUAUCCCCUUCGUCGGCACCAGUGUUGUGGCCAUUUCGCAACCGCCGUGAGGCACAUUUGAUGCACCACUACAUCGUCAACCUUGCUGCUCAGUUCGACGCGUGCGACAAUCUCAAGCACUUCUCUAAAGAUGUGCCCCAGCGGGCUGCACGCAAUCCCAUCAUCAUGAACGCCAUCUUCGCCCUCUCUGCCCGACGCAUGAGUAUUCUCUCUGGCAAGGAGGAUCGUGAGUCACAUCAAUACGUUGAUGAGUGCCUGCGGGAUCUCAUCCCAGCACUCGAAGACCCUCUCAGCCAUCUCGACGAGAACCUUCUGGCUGCGGUGAUAUUGCUGAGAACACACGAAGAAAUGUCUGACAACGAUGAACUGUGUCAUCUGCGUGGAGUGACUCGAAUCCUGAACUCUAUCGCUUCGUUCGCUGCGGAUGGCGGUCUUCGCGAAUCGGCAAGCUGGAUCUCGCUGCGACAGCAUAUCUAUGUUGCACUGACAUCACGACACCCACUCACCAUCAAUCUAACGAACUAUCGUCACUCGAGUGUAUUCCAAAGAUCAGACGACGAGGCUUGGGCCAACCGAAUAAUCUUCGUGUUCGCGAGCACUUUGACGCAUGUCUUCAAACCCGAAGGAGAACAUCUCUCGCUCGGCGAAUGGGACGAGUUAGAAGCUCAAAUCACAAGCUGGAAUUCUGCGAAGCCGUGGCACUUCUCGCCUUUCUUUGUGGACUCCUUGAGCCAACCUGUGACUUCACCAGAGCCGAAGUCGAGUUCCUGGCCUGAGGCUUUGGUCUCAAAUGCAGCACAAGUCGUUGGACUUCAGCACUACUACCUAGCCAGGAUCGUUCUAGCAAUUUACGAUCCACGACUUUCGAGGCUGGGAUUCGAGUCUUAUAGACUUAGGAGGUCUCUAGAGGAUGCCGUCCGAACUAACCUGCGCAUGGUCGUCGGGUUGGCGACCAGCAACAAUCACGUCCUAACGGGCAUGUUUCAUGCUUCGCACGCUCUAUCGGCAUGUGGGAUGUACUUGACAGACCCACAGGAACAAGAAGCAGCUGUAGAAUUCCUUCUAUCGAUGGAGACAAGGGAAGGCUGGCGGACGCAGCAUAUCAUCAGCAAUCUGAAAGCUCAGUGGUUGCUCUGA